GUUUCGCCAUCGUUGCAGAGCACGAGAGCAGUACACAACCAAUUUGUUGACGCGUGUUUCUUCUCUCGGUUUCUUCGCACUGAGCUCCGAUCCUCUGUUCAGAGCCUUUUCCCUAAUCUGUCAAGGUUUUGCGCCAAUUUCUGGUGCUAAAAUGUGUGGAAUACUAGCGGUUUUGGGGUGUUCGGAGAUUUCUCAGGCGAAGAGAGUUCGUGUUCUCGAGCUUUGUCGCAGGUUGAAGCAUAGGGGUCCUGAUUGGAGCGGGAUCCAUCAGUUUGGAGGUAACUAUUUGGCACAUCAGAGGCUUGCCAUCGUUGAUCCUGCCUCAGGGGACCAGCCUCUUUACAAUGAAGACAAAUCAAUUGUGGUCACAGUGAAUGGCGAAAUCUAUAACCAUGAGAAACUGCGGGAGCAUUUGUCUCAUCACAAAUUCCAUACUGGAAGCGAUUGUGAUGUCAUCGCGCAUCUAUAUGAAGAGUAUGGUGAAAACUGUGUUGAUAUGCUGGAUGGAAUGUUCUCAUUUGUGCUGCUGGACACCCGUGAUAACAGCUUUGUCGCGGCUCGUGACGCCAUUGGCAUUACCUCCCUGUAUAUCGGUUGGGGACUUGAUGGCUCUGUCUGGAUAUCAUCUGAGCUAAAAGCAUUGAAUGACGAAUGCGAGCAUUUCGAAGUUUUCCCACCUGGACAUCUCUACUCGAGCAAGAAUGGAGGUUUUAGAAGAUGGUACAACCCUCCAUGGUUCUCUGAGGCCAUUCCUUCAACUCCUUACGAUCCAUUAGUUCUGAGGCGCGCUUUCGAAAAUGCUGUUAUUAAGAGGCUAAUGACUGAUGUCCCUUUCGGAGUUCUUCUCUCCGGGGGGCUUGAUUCAUCAUUGGUCGCUUCUGUUGCUUCGCGUUACUUGGCUGGGACAAAGGCUGCGAAACAAUGGGGAGCUCAGAUUCAUUCUUUCUGUGUUGGCCUUAAGGGCUCGCCCGAUCUCAAAGCUGGAAGAGAAGUUGCCGAAUAUUUGGGUACUUUGCACCAUGAAUUUCACUUCACUGUUCAGGAUGGAAUCGAUGCAAUUGAGGAUGUCAUCUAUCACAUCGAGACAUACGAUGUGACCACAAUCCGAGCAAGUACUCCCAUGUUCCUGAUGUCGCGUAAGAUCAAGUCGCUUGGGGUAAAAAUGGUGCUGUCCGGCGAGGGAUCCGAUGAGAUCUUUGGUGGCUAUCUUUACUUCCACAAGGCACCCAACAAGGAAGAGUUCCACCGCGAGACUUGCCACAAGAUUAAAGCGCUUCAUCAAUACGAUUGCCUCCGAGCAAACAAAUCCACUUCUGCUUGGGGGUUGGAAGCUCGGGUCCCUUUUCUUGACAAGGAGUUCAUCAACGUUGCAAUGAGCAUCGACCCUGAGUGGAAAAUGAUCAAGCCGGACCAAGGUAGAAUCGAGAAGUGGAUUUUGAGGAAGGCCUUUGAUGAUGAGGAGAAGCCGUACCUUCCAAAGCAUAUUCUCUACCGGCAGAAAGAACAAUUCAGUGAUGGCGUGGGCUAUAGCUGGAUCGAUGGCCUUAAAGCUCAUGCCGAACAGCAUGUCAGCGACAGGAUGAUGCACAACGCCGCAAACAUUUUCCCUCACAACACACCAAAGACGAAGGAGGCCUACUACUACCGCAUGAUAUUCGAGCGCUUAUUCCCUCAGAACUCUGCAAGGCUGACCGUCCCCGGAGGCGCCAGCGUUGCGUGCAGCACGGCUGCAGCCAUUGCAUGGGAUGCGUCUUGGUCGACAAAUCUCGACCCGUCAGGCAGGGCCGCCGUCGGAGUCCACAACUCCUCCUACGAGAACAACCCCAACCCUGCGAACCCGAUACCCGCCAACGACAACCCGGCCCCCACUGCUAUUAUGAGCGGCGUCGUUGCAGCCCCAACCGCGUCCCCCGGGAUCGCCAUCGAAACGCAGUAGUUUCGAGUUCUUGCUGUGGAGGUGUUAGAUGCUAUAUUAUGGAGACCUACAAAUGAAGACAAGUUGAGAUCUUUUGAGUUUGUAGACAUGUUAUGUGUGACACAUAACAUAACAUGUUAGUUCUUUCUUAUUUAAGUUUGUUAUGUAUGACUUAUGUAAGGAUUUGGUCAUUUGGCUUCUUUGUUGCUGUCUUUUUAAAGUAUUGUUUCAGUGUUAGUAAUAAAACGCGUGUAUGCAUGCAUUUGUCUCA